AUGAAGCGAGCCACACCCGUACCGCUGCAGCGGGCCUACUCUAGUAUUGACUUGAAUGCGGAUGAAUUGCCUUCUCGUCCCAUUACUACGACGGCCGCUACGCAGACCCCCUAUUAUUAUGACAGUAGCUCGCCGAGGUAUUUGGAUACGUCGGUGAAUAGUGGGCAGACUAACAGCGCGGUGUAUUACAUUAAUCAAACGCCGUCUUUGUACAGCUACACCACCGAUCCGCCACCGAUUGUUAGUGAGGUAAGCCAGACGCAAAUAUGAUGGAUAUAUAUCCUAUAUUUCACUGUCAAAAUUGCUAUGUACCUAUUACAGUCGACAGAAGUUUCUGUGACCGGCGAAAGCGUUCAAAAGCUACUUCUCCGACUGUUUCAUAUAUUCAGCUACAUUCUUCGAUGGCUAGUCGUGAUUUUUCAGUAAGUUGGGAAGUUUCCCAACACAUUUUUUAGAAUUGUAUUUAUAGUAAUUCUAUUCUCAAAUGGCUGGGGAUGGUAUAAUCUCUUCAACGUCGCCAGUCUCGCCGCUUUUCUUUUUGCUCAUAUGGGAGUAUUCAAUCGAACUGCCUCAUGGUUAUACGCAUUUUUUAUUCUGGAUGUGAGUCUUAUCCGCUGGCGAUAGACUUCAACUACGUAACUUAUAAUCAAUCGUCCCAAUUUUCAGUUCAUUGUCAUCAUAUUCUACGUUGUUUUCGCCAUUUUGCUGCUUGCCGACGCCAACUACUAUAACUAUUUCCAAUACCCGACGUAUUUGUAUCGGAUGACAGUGGUGGAUCAAGAGGUGAUUGGGUUCUGUCUGCUGCUUAGCUCAACCUUUAUGAUCCUGUUUAUAGUGGUUAUUGGAAGAGUUUGGUGGGGACGACCCUUUUGCUAUCCGCAGAAAAAGGGGCAAUUCCUCGAGGAUGAUUAUACUGGAAGGAUCUGCUUUGGGCAGGUUUUUGGGUGCUUUCGAAACGAAUAA